CUUCUUUCUCAUUCUUGUAUGGAUUCCUGAGUGAGAUAUCGGUGUUGUUUAUUCCUCGUUCGCCGGGAUGACUUUGCGGGAGUCAGCUCUAUAUCUCUAUCGCGUCGAGAGCGAUCAGUCGAGGGCUCAAAAGGUUAGGGGCCGCGGUAUUAAGUCUGAGGGACGUCACCGGGUCGCAUUUCGACCUCGAAGCUGGAGACAAAGGGUGGAGUUGACGGAUGAAGUGUGGGCGCACCUAAAUUGGAGGAACCGGAAGCCGACACCAUUUGUUUCGGCUUCGCGGGACCCAGACUGGGCGAUCAACCAAGCCGAGAGACGUGUGCGUGAAGGAGAGACGAAUGUCAGGGUGUACAAGAUUGCGGUACCCCGUCUGGGAGUUUAUAAAUCCCAAUUCGAGGGCUGGGUGACCGUCAUGCAUUUGUAUACAUGGCUCCAUGUGGCCAAAUCCGAUCUUCCUGAUUAUGCUGACUUCCCGUCCUCAGCAAAUGAAUAUUUAUUUCUUCAUCGUAUUCCAAAGGAGUUUAUUGUUGACACUUGGUUUUUUGAUGUUCUGGUGGUUGGAGAUGAGGAUGAGGAAUGGUGCCGAGGCGGAAUGCAGUUCGUUGGUUGAUAUUAGUAGCAAGUUGAGUUUGUUUCUAGUCGUUGCUGUUGGGUGGAAAUUGGGCAAGGGCAGGUAGAUCUCAUUCAUUUUGUUUUCUUUGUGCGACUGAUAUUAACUGUACCUUCUUUAACUUUCGGGAGACGUACAUUGGGUGCUAGGGUGAUUGUAGGCGUUGAUGAA